GCUACUGUCUCCUAAGUUGCGAUUUUAAUUUCUUAAUAAAUAUAUUAAAAUAAAAUAAAAUAAAAUAAAGCUUCCUUACUCUUUAUGCAAUGCUUCCCAUUUUCACAAUUUGUUGACACCAAAUUCUCUGAUCCCAACCCUUUUAGCUACACAAAAUGAGUGCCAUCUCUUUCAGUUCCGUUUCUUUCCACAGUGCCAACUGUUGGAACAACCCCAAGGAGUUUGGAAAGGUGAGAAAGCAACAAGAUUGGAAGCUACUUGUGAAGUGUUUGAGCAAGAGUGGGAACCCAUCUUCACAAAAUGCAGUUCGUGUUGGUGUUCUUGGAGCUAGUGGCUACACUGGUUCUGAGGUUAUCCGGCUUUUGGCAAAUCAUCCACAAUUUGGAAUUGCAUUAAUGACUGCUGAUAGGAAAGCUGGGCAGCCAAUCUCGUCUGUAUUCCCGCAUUUGAGCACUCGGGACUUGCCAGAUUUGAUUGCAAUAAAGGAUGCAAACUUUUCUGAUGUGGAUGCUGUUUUCUGUUGUUUGCCACAUGGAACUACUCAGGAAAUAAUUAAAGGCCUACCAAAGCACUUGAAGAUUGUGGAUCUUUCUGCAGAUUUUCGUCUAAAAGAUAUUUCUGAGUAUGAAGAGUGGUAUGGUCAGCCACACAGAGCACCAGACUUGCAGAAAGAGGCUAUAUAUGGAUUGACAGAGGUUUUAAGGGAAGAAGUAAAGAAUGCACGUCUAGUUGCUAACCCUGGUUGUUAUCCAACAUCUAUUCAACUUCCUCUUGUCCCAUUGAUAAAGGCUAGUCUUAUUAAGACUAAAAAUAUUAUCAUUGAUGCUAAAUCUGGUGUGAGUGGAGCAGGGCGCAGUGCCAAGGAAAUUUUAUUGUUCACUGAAGUAACUGAAGGUCUCAAUUCUUAUGGCGUUACCCGACAUCGCCAUGGUAAGUCUAAUUUUCUUCUUAUAAUUGGAUUUAGGUAUUUUGAGUCUGACAAACUUCAGCCUAACUAA